AUGAACCGUGUUUGGAAGAAAGUGAACGGAUGGAAGGAACAGUUUCUAUCAAGAGCGGGAAAGGAGACUCUCAUCAAAGCGGUAGCUCAAGCUAUCCCUAAUUAUAUUCUUAGUUGCUACCAGAUGUCGAUGGGGUGCUGCAAGGAGAUUGAUUCGAUGCUUGCCAAAUUUUGGUGGGGAACAAAGGAUGACCAGAGGAAAAUUCAUUGGAUGAGUUGGGAGAGACUUUCCAAAGUCAAGGCUGAUGGUGGAAUGGGAUUCAGAGGUAUGGGAGAAUUUAACAAGGCCCUGUUGGGAAAACAUUGUUGGAGGCUUGUGAAUGGCGAAUCCUCUUUGUUGGAAAAAGUCUUCAAAAGUAGAUAUUACCCCAAUGGAACUUUCUUGACUGCCCAUGAAGGAAGGAACGCAGUGGUUUUCAAAGGGAUACCGAUGAACCCUUCUGUUUUGGCAGCUAAAGCAAUGGCCUAUGUUCAUGAAUUCAAUGAGGCUAAUCCCGGAGAAAUAUUAGAAGGAUAG